UUUUGUAGUCCAUUUGACCUCCGCCGGAGAGUCCAUUUGCGGUUGUUAGCUAAGCUGCCGAAAGUUGGAUAAGGAAAGCAAAAGGGCACCGCACCGAGAAGGUUCCUGUCAUUUCUGUUCCACCUAUAGAGGAUCUGUCCUCUUACGUCCACCCUCCGAAUAUAGAUUUUUUUUGUAUUUCCAACCAACAAUCGGUAACAUGUUUUCAUUGUCGACGUCGUUUCAGCCACAUCAGAUGGUAGUGCCCCUCAGCCAGCUCAUCAAUGCCCUCCACUCUCUGAAGAACUCGGCCACAGCCUCAGUUCAGGCCUUGCACAAAGACUUAACACCAGAGCACAGUUCAUUCCACAAAGAGCCCACUGUGAGUCUGAGGGAUCUUGGCCUCUCAGAGAUCAGGGCAAGCCAGCUGGAUGAGCUGGUCAGCAGGUUACUACCUUUACCAGGACCAGAGGAAGCUCCAGCUGUUCCUUCAUUAUGGAGAACAAGUCACAUUUCUACCACCAGCUUUUUUCACAACAAGCAUGGAUUUUCACACAGAAGGUUGGGAGUUUUUGGCUCACCAAUAUCCCACAGACAAUACCACAGUCCUCUACAAGAAGUUUGCUUACACCUACAGUUCUUGCCUGUUUGGGUCCAAAGUCGGGGUUUCAAGACACUUCGAAAAUCCAGACGAAAUGAGUCCAGUUACGAUGGUCCAGUGGAGUCUGAGGCCUACACACCAAACUUCAUGAAGGGGCUGCUCAUGAGGGAAAAGGGGCCAGAGGUGCAAUCGCUUGACCAAGUGGUGAAACAAAGGAACCUUCCAGAAAACCAGCAGGAGGCUUUUAAGACCGGUUUCACUGAUGGGUUCAUGAGGUCCCAGGCCUUAACACAGAGAACUCAAGAUUCACUCAGGAGAACCAGAUUGAUCCUGUUGGUGCUCCUCCUUGUCGGUAUUUAUGGCCUGUCGAGAACCCCUUUUCUCUCGGGUAAAGGCUCCUUUUCUGACGCUGUGAGGUUCCGGACCACGUCUGGUCUCGACUCGGCAGUUGACCCCGUCCAGAUGAAGAAUGUAACAUUUGAGCACGUCAAAGGUGUGGAGGAGGCAAAGAAUGAACUACAAGAUGUUGUCGAGUUUCUCAGGAACCCACAGAAGUUUACUGUUCUCGGUGGAAAGCUGCCUAAAGGAAUCCUCCUUAUUGGUCCACCUGGUACUGGAAAGACCCUGCUAGCACGAGCCGUGGCUGGUGAAGCUGACGUGCCCUUCUACUAUGCUUCUGGAUCGGAAUUUGAUGAGAUGUUUGUGGGUGUUGGUGCUGGCCGCAUCAGGAAUCUUUUCAAGGAGGCCAAAGCCAAUGCUCCAUGUGUCAUCUUCAUUGAUGAGUUGGACAGUGUUGGAGGGAAGAGGAUCGAGUCUCCUAUGCAUCCGUACUCCAGACAAACCAUUAACCAGCUGCUGGCUGAGAUGGAUGGGUUUAAACCAAAUGAAGGAGUCAUUGUUAUUGGUGCUACAAACUUUGCUGAGGCUCUGGAUAACGCUCUGGUACGACCAGGGAGGUUUGACAUGCAGGUGACUGUACCUCAUCCAGAUGUAAAAGGACGCACUGAAAUUCUCAACUGGUAUCUGUCCAAGAUUAAAGUGGACUCUGUUGUGGACGCAGAAAUUAUUGCCCGGGGCACAGUGGGAUUCUCUGGUGCAGAGCUCGAGAACCUGGUCAACCAGGCUGCCCUGAAGGCAGCUGUGGAUGGGAAAGAGAUGGUCACAAUGAAGGAUCUGGAGUUUGCUAAAGACAAGAUCCUCAUGGGCCCCGAGAGAAGAAGCGUUGAAAUUGACAAGAAGAACAAGACCAUCACUGCCUACCAUGAGUCCGGCCACGCCAUCGUCGCCUAUUACACCAAAGAUGCGAUGCCCAUCAAUAAGGCAACAAUCAUGCCCAGAGGACCAACUCUUGGCCAUGUGUCCAUGCUCCCAGAGAACGACCGCUGGAGUGAAACGCGAGCACAGCUGCUUGCUCAGAUGGACGUCAGUAUGGGUGGUCGAGUGGCAGAGGAGCUCAUCUUUGGAGAUGACUGCGUCACCACUGGAGCCUCCAGUGACUUUGAUGGUGCGACCAAAAUAGCAAAAAUGAUGGUGACCAGGUUUGGCAUGAGCAACAAGCUUGGUGUCAUGACAUAUCGUGACAUAACAAAGCAGAGCCCCGAGACGCAAGCUGCCAUCGAACAGGAAGUCCGAGUUUUACUGAAGGACUCGUACGAACGUGCUAAAAACAUCCUGAAGACGUACAAUAAGGAGCACAAGACGCUGGCUGAUGCCCUGCUCAGAUACGAAACUCUGGACGCCAAAGAGAUCCAGUUGGUGCUGGAGGGCAAAUCACUGGACCACGAGAUACCUCCGCAGCCACUGUAGACUUUUGAAUCAUGUACAUAUAUAUAUAUAUAAUAUGAAGCUCUGCAAUUUAGCACAGGCCUUUUUGAGGCCUUGUUUUUCAUUUUUUUGUGUUCUUCUUAAUACCCAUGUGAAGAUGACUGGAAUGACUGUCUCGCCCAUAUUAUUACUUCAUUAUGAUGUGUUUAAUUUCCAAGAUGUUCAGUUUCAUUUGGAAUUUUGAAGCACCUUCACACUUCAUUUGAAUCAAACUAAAUAAAUACCCUUGACAAAUAUCAAAGGUUUCAUUAAGGAUGUUUUUGCCCUGAGCACUAGUAUUUUAUGGGUCUUACUCAACCAGUGUUCAAAGGUAGACAUAGUUACUUGGGAUGAAAAAUGUUUUUGUUUAAACUUGUGGUCACCGUAGGACCUUAAAGUACCUCAGUUUGGAUGUUCCAUCUGAUUGCAGGAAGGUACAGGUCAUUUUUGAAAAAGAUUUUGAACUCUUCAUAUUUCAUUUUAAAGUUAUGCAUUUCGGUUUACCACAUCUUCUGUAUGUUGUUAUUUAUUUAAGUGCCCAAAGGUGUGUGUCCUCAUUUCCUGAGAAUUUGUGAACGAAGCUCAUCUGUAACUGGUAAAUAAGGGGAUAUAUGUAUGGCUUUGUGCUUCUGUUUGUUCCUUCGGACGGUGGAUUUCUUGAAGAUGAAAUAAAGGUUUAUCUUACUCAUACCACA